UCCACUGUUUGCGAUGGACAUUUUCGCAGGCAUUCCAGCUCUUCCUGGCGUUGUUUUGGCAUGUAUCUUCAGUGGGAGCCUAAGCACGCUGUCGUCGGGUCUUAACGCCCUUGCUGCAGUCAUGCUGGAGGAUUACAUCCGGCCCUAUUGCUGCACCACUAUCACCGACUUCCGAGCCACCGUCGUCUCCAAAUGUCUAGUGGUUCUGUUUGGAGGGUUAACCUUAGCUUUGGCCAACGUGGUUUCAUCUCUGGGAAACAUUCUUCAGAUGUGCUACUCAAUCAUGAGCAUCCUGGAUGGUCCAGUGUUUGGCCUCUUUGUCCUUGGGAUGUACUGUCCUUGCACAAAUUCUCUUUCGCGAGGCAGACGCCUACCGGCCCGGCGACACUGCUACAAAGAGGCGUACGUCAAACCGUACUGCCCCGAGAGAAGCAUACAAUGA